AUGACAACCCGGCAUCGCCCCUUCCUCUCCCCGGCCCGGUCGCAGCCCUCGGCCGCGCUUCUCGACAGCGGAGCCGCGGUGCCCGGGUGGGGAAGCGCCGGACUCGGGGUCAGUGUGACAAGCGACUGCUCUAACGCCGUGUGCCACGGAGUAGCUUUGUCCAGAGCUCACUUUGAAAAGCAGCCACCCUCCAACUUGAGGAAAUCCAAUUUCUUUCACUUUGUUCUGGCUCUCUACGACAGACAGGGGCAGCCCGUGGAAAUAGAGAGGACAGCUUUUGUGGACUUUGUAGAGAAUGAUAAAGAGCAAGGCAAUGAAAAGACAAACAACGGCACACAUUACAAACUCCAGCUCCUCUAUAGCAAUGGUGUCAGGACUGAACAGGAUCUGUACGUUAGACUCAUCGACUCAGUCACUAAGCAGCCCAUAACUUACGAAGGACAGAACAAGAACCCCGAAAUGUGCAGAGUGUUGCUUACCCAUGAAGUCAUGUGCAGUCGGUGCUGUGAGAAGAAGAGUUGUGGCAACAGAAAUGAGACUCCGUCUGACCCCGUGAUCAUUGACAGGUUCUUCCUAAAAUUUUUUCUCAAGUGCAAUCAGAAUUGCUUGAAAACAGCAGGAAACCCAAGAGACAUGAGACGGUUCCAGGUUGUGCUGUCAACAACAGUGAAUGUCGAUGGGCACGUGCUGGCAGUGUCUGACAACAUGUUUGUUCACAACAACUCCAAGCAUGGCCGGAGAGCAAGGAGACUUGACCCCUCAGAAGCCACACCGUGCAUCAAAGCAAUCAGCCCCAGUGAGGGCUGGACUACAGGUGGAGCAAUGGUCAUCAUCAUCGGAGACAACUUCUUUGAUGGGCUGCAAGUUGUGUUUGGGACCAUGCUUGUAUGGAGUGAGCUGAUCACGCCUCAUGCCAUCCGAGUUCAGACACCUCCACGUCACAUUCCCGGCGUGGUUGAAGUGACAUUAUCAUACAAAUCCAAACAGUUUUGCAAGGGUGCACCAGGCAGGUUUAUUUACACAGCUUUAAAUGAACCUACCAUAGAUUAUGGCUUCCAAAGACUGCAGAAGGUCAUCCCGAGACAUCCUGGGGACCCUGAAAGACUAGCUAAGGAAAUGCUGUUGAAACGAGCUGCUGACCUAGUUGAAGCACUGUAUGGAACGCCACACAACAACCAGGACAUCAUCCUGAAACGAGCUGCAGACAUCGCGGAGGCGCUCUACAGCGUGCCACGGAAUCCCGCCCAGAUCCCUGCACUCUCCAGCUCUCCCGCCCACAGCAGUAUGAUGGGAAUUAACUCCUACGGCAGCCAGUUGGGAGUCAGCAUUUCAGAGUCGACACAAGGGAACAACCAAGGUUACAUUCGCAAUACGAGCAGCAUCUCACCCCGAGGUUACUCCUCCAGUUCCACACCUCAACAGUCCAAUUACAGCACUUCCAGCAACAGCAUGAACGGCUACAGCAACGUCCCCAUGUCCAACCUGGGCGUCCCGGGCUCGCCCGGCUUCAUCAACGGCUCUCCCACAGGAUCCCCCUAUGGCUUAAUGUCUUCAAGUCCGACAGUUGGCUCCUCCAGCGCUUCUUCCAUCCUUCCAUUCUCCUCUUCCGUCUUCCCUGCUGUCAAACAGAAGAGUGCCUUUGCUCCUGUCAUCAGACCCCAAGGGUCUCCUUCUCCUGCCUGCUCUAGUGGCAAUGGAAAUGGGUUUAGAGCCAUGACUGGGCUUGUCGUUCCCCCGAUGUAAGGAAGAGGCAGUUUUGCUCCUCUCCCUCUUCCCUUUUUUCCUCUUUUUUGUUUUCAUUUUUCUUUUACAGCACAAAACUACUUAUUGUGAUGGACCACUAAAAAGAAAAUAAUAGCACUACAAGCUCUUUUUUUGGGGAAAGCCAGGCCCAGGAGAGAAAAAAAAAGGAACAUUUUUUAUGGACUGGACAAGACAGAAGUUGCAUCUUUUACCUGUUUCAUAUUUGUGACACAACCACGUCAACUCCUAAAACAUUGUGAAGGAAGAAUCAGCCACGAGCCGGGAUGAACAACGGUUGCCCGAAUGGAAUCCGAAAUGCGAAAUCUUUCCUGAAAGACAUGAAACCUUCCUGAGAUUUGUAAACUAUGAGAAGGAGAAAGAAAUUGGCAAAAUGAUUCAAGCUUGAUAUUUUGGAUACAAUUUGUUUUACUUUGUAGGGGAAAAAAGUUGAAGUUUCUAUUUUCUACGGAGCCUUUCAGAUAUCGAUUUAGUUUAUGCAGAAAAA